AUGAACGAUAUCAAGAACACGGUUUCCAACCUGACCUUGUAUGACCUCAAGGCAGGCUUCCGGAAGGCCCAGAAUGCUGUCAUGAACUUUACCGAGAUGGAGGCCAAGGUGCGCGAGGCCACGAACAACGAGCCAUGGGGUGCUUCAUCUACCCUGAUGCAAGAGAUCGCAAACGGAACAUUUAACUACCAAACCCUCAACGAGAUCAUGCCCAUGAUCUACCGUCGCUUUACCGAGAAGGCUGCUGAGGAAUGGCGCCAAAUCUACAAGGCUCUUCAAUUGCUCGAGUUUCUUAUCAAGCACGGCUCCGAACGUGUAAUUGAUGAUGCCAGAGGACACAUUUCUCUUCUCAAGAUGCUUCGCCAAUUCCACUUUAUCGACCAGAACGGAAAGGACCAGGGUAUCAACGUGCGCAACCGAGCCAAGGAGCUGGCCGACCUACUUAGCGAUGUGGAUCGUAUUCGAACCGAGCGCAAGAAAGCGCGUGCGACUAAGAACAAAUAUACCGGUGUUGAGGGUGGCGCAACCUUUGGCGGCGGCUUCUCAAGCGGCAGCUCUGGUCGUUAUGGCGGCUUUGGUAGCGAGAGUGCUGGUUAUGGUGGAGGCAGCGGCAGCGGCAGCGGCCCUGGCAACUUUGGCGGAUACUCUGGCGGUGUCUAUGGUGAUGGUGGCGGUUUUGGUGGUGAGACUGAUGACUGGCGAGGAGAUGGUGCUGCUAGCAGAGGGGAACGCUUCGAGGAAUACGAUGAGUUUGACGAGGGCGAGCGACCUUCUGCCAGUUCAUCGAGGGCUGCUGCCAAGCGACCAGAGCGCGCUCCUGCUAAGAAGGCUGCUGCCGAGCCACCCAAGAAGAAGGAACCCGAAGUUGAUCUCUUCUCCUUUGAUGACCCUGCGCCAGCAUCUUCUGCAGCUCCUUCAGCCUCGAACAGUUCUGGCUUUGCUGCCCUGGCCCCUAGCAAUGCUGCCGCUCCUGCGCAAGCCGACGACGACGACGAGUUCGAUGACUUCCAAUCAGCUGCACCUGCUCAGGCCACACCAAUGCAAAGCCCUGCCGUGACAUCGAUGGCCUCUUCGACUGCUCAGUUCGUAGCUCCUCAGCCUCAGUCUGCCCCCCAACAGGCUGAUAUUAGCCAAAUGGUCAGCAUGGCAUCGAUCUCGCCCGCACCGAGUGCCUCAGGCACUCCAGGAGCAAACUACUCUGCCUUCAGCAUCCCUGCUGCUCCCGCGGCACAGGCCCCUAAGCCUGCCGGCUUCCAGCAAUCUGGCCCCAACUACUUCAGUCCUGUCCAGGCACAGGCAUCCAAGCCCACAACGUCUGCCUUUUCUGGCAUGGGCACUUCCAAUGCUGCUCCCAGCACUCCCACUACCAUGGCCAACAUGAAGCCCGUUACUAGCUCCUCAGCCAAGCCAGCUGCUGCUGGCGGAGACGCCUUUGGAGCUCUAUGGGGCAAGGCCAGUGGUGGCGUCAAGAAGCCUGAGACGCCUAAGGCUGGACCUGCACUGGGCCAGCUCGCCAAGGAGAAGAGCAGUGCUGGAAUCUGGGGUGCACCGGCAGCUGGAUCCUCUAGUGGCAGUGCUCCUCCCAAGACUGGUGGCUCUGCUAUGGACGACCUCCUGGGCUAA